CACUAAAAUAUAUUAAAUUAUACAUAAACAAAUAAUAUUUUAGAAAAUGAAUCAAGAAUUAAAUAUAUCAGACAAAAAAUUUGAUAGUUUAACAUUAUAUGAAAAACAAAUAUUACUUGAGCUUCAAUAUAUUUUAAAAACAUGCGAACAAAUAAAAGAAAAUUUAAAAAAAGCAAUUAAUAUAACAAAUAAAGAAGGGGAACUUUAUCAUAAACAAAUGUUGGCAAUAGAAAGUAUGAAAAUAUGGGAAAAAAUAAGGGGAAAUGUAUCUUAAGAUUAAAAAAAGAAAUCGAUUUAAAUCUAUAAUUAUGU